CUCUAAUCUCUCUUCCUUUUCUUCUUAUUCUUCUUACUUCUCCCUCCCGUUACCCCUCGUUACAGCUGAGAGUGAUGUUCACAGUUGCUGCCCGGAGCCGCUUCUCUUGCACUCUUGCUCGCCCCCGCCUCUCCCCUACAAAUUCUCUCCUCGCCAAAUCCGCUGUGGCUCCUACAAUGGCCCCGCGGCGCAAGGCUUCUUCUGUCCCUGAGGGAUAUAAAGAAGAUCUUUCUAAGGGCAAGAUGCUGCGAUUCGAAGACUCCCUACCCCGCCUACCAGUGCCGUCGCUGGAAGAGACCAGUCGUCGGUACCUGAAGUCCGUCCAUGCGGUUGUGUCAGAUGCAGAAUAUGAGAACACCAAGAAGGUCGUUGAGGAAUUUAUUCGCCCUGGUGGAGUGGGUCACACAUUACAGGAGCGACUCCUGGCUCGCGCUGCAGACCCCAAGCAUAAGAACUGGCUCGCAGAAUGGUGGAACCACGCCGCUUACCUGGGCUACCGUGACCCCGUUAUUCCCUAUGUUUCAUACUUUUACUCAUACCGUGAUGACCGCGCCCGCCGCAACCCUGCCAAGCGUGCGGCCUCCGUCACCGCCGCGGCGCUCGAGUUCAAGCGCCAGGUUGAUGAUGGCUCCCUUGAACCGGAAUACAUGCGCAAGCAGCCUAUUGCCAUGAGCUCGUACGAGUUUAUGUUCAACUGCUGCCGUAUCCCGGAUGACAUCGCGGAUUAUCCCCAGAAGUACCCUGCUAAGGACAACGAGCACAUCGUGGUUGUGCGCAAGAACCAAUUCUUCAAGGUGCCUCUGGCCGUCGGUGACCGUCCGCUCAACGUCUCCGAGCUCGAGAAGCAGUUUGAACGCAUCUACCAGAUCGCCCAGAAGGCCCCCCCCGUCGGUGUGCUGACUGUGGCCAACCGUGAUCACUGGUCUGCUACCCGCAAGAAACUCCUUGCGGCGGACCCAGCCAACGCGCAGGCGUUGAUUGACAUCGAGUCUAGUGGCUUUGUUGUGUGUCUUGAUGACGCCAGCCCCGUGACCCUGGAGGAGCGGGCCCACCAGUACUGGCACGGUGACGGCCACAACCGUUGGUUCGACAAGCCUCUGCAGUUUAUCAUCAAUGAAAACGGCACAGCUGGUUUCAUGGGUGAGCACAGCAUGAUGGACGGCAGUCCCACUCACCGUCUGAACGACCACCUCAACAACCUCAUCUUCAACAACAAGAUUGACCUCUCUGACAAGCCCGUGCGCUCUGAUCUGCCGGAGCCCCGCCCCAUCCCCUUCCGGCUGAACGAGGAAAUCCUCGAGGCUAUCGACGCCGCCGCGAAGGAGCACCGCCAGCAGAUGGCCGCUCACGAGCUGCGCGUCCAGGCUUACCAGGGCUAUGGCAAGGGCCUGAUCAAGAAGUUCAAGUGCAGUCCCGAUGCCUACGUGCAGAUGAUCAUCCAACUCGCCUACUUCAAGAUGUACGGCAAGAACCGCCCCACCUACGAAUCCGCCUCCACUCGCAAGUUCCAGGAGGGCCGCACAGAGACCAUCCGCACUGUCUCCGACGACAGUGUCGCCUUCUGCAACGCGAUCAGCGACCCCUCUGUUCCGCGCGAGGAAGUAGUGCGCCUCUUCCGCACCGCCCUGGCUGCUCACAGCAAGUAUACUGCCGAGGCUAGCGAUGGUCACGGUGUUGAUCGCCACCUUUUCGGUCUGAAGAAGCUUGUGCGUGAGGGUGAAACUCUCCCUGCUGUCUUCACUGACCCUGCUUUCGUCUACAGCGGUUCCUGGUACCUCUCCACCAGCCAGCUGAGCUCCGAGUUCUUUAACGGCUACGGAUGGAGCCAAGUUAUCGAUGACGGAUUCGGCAUUGCCUACAUGAUCAACGAGAACAGUCUGAACUUCAACAUCGUUUGCAAGCGUAUCGGCGCUGAGCGCAUGAGUUAUUACCUCAACGAAGCCGCCACAGAUCUGCGCGAUGCCCUGAUGCCUGAUCUGGUUGCUGAAGCCGAGAAGGCUAAGCUGUAAAACACUGACUUUUAUUUAUUUUAUUUACGGAGAGAGAGAGAGAGACAGACUUGAGACUUGAGUGUGCGGCAGUAGAUAUUACCCAGGUAGACCACAAUACCAUAGAUUUGAACUUUUUUACAUUCUGCUUUGGUUCAGUUAUACUCAGCCUUUUCUCUCUCUCUCUCUCUUUUCUUUUCUUUUCUUUUUUUUUUUUCUCUCUCUCUCUCUCCCUUUUUGAGUGUAUUUUAUAUUCAGGUCAUGCUUUGAACCAUCCUACGUAUCUGCCUAGAAGUCCUAUCAAACUAGAGCAUCGUAGCCAUGCCAUGUAUUUAGGCCGAAAACACAUCACUUCCUGGUCGACACAUAGUGAGCGAGUCCAGCUACCUAGGUAGAAGGCCCUCUCUUCUUUUUUUAUCUUCUACUCUAUUAUUAUCAGGUACGCUUGCUUU